AUGACAGCGUCAUUACUUCUCCAUUCGCGCUGGAUUGACCCGGUCAUGUUCCUGUAUGAUAACGGUUUGGAUGAGAUAAACAAAAACAUGGAGGGGUUUGCAGGAGGCAAUUUUGCAGCAAAUCAGUGCAGGAAUUUGUUGGCGCAUCCGACGUCCCUGGCUCCAAGCACUACCUACACGUCGAGCGAGGUGCCAGUAUCUGGCAUGGGCGAAGCUGUCAAACAAUGCAGCCCCUGUUCCGCAGCUCAAAGUUCCUCAAAUGCGUCCUUGCCUUAUGGAUAUUUUGGCAGCAGCUACUACCCGUGUAGGAUGUCACACGGCAGCGUGAAGUCCUGCGCGCAGCACUCCUCUGACUAUGGGGACAAAUACAUGGACACAUCCGUUUCAGGAGAGGAGUUCCCAGGGUCCAGGGCGAAGGAAUUCGCUUUCUACCAAGGCUAUUCAUCCAGCCCUUACCAACCUGUCUCCAGCUAUCUGGAAGUCCCGGUGGUACCCACCCUCAGCGGACCCACCGAGCCCAGGCAUGAGCCUCUUCUGCCUGUGGAGCCUUAUCAGCCAUGGGCUAUCACCAACGGAUGGAAUGGUCAGGUUUACUGCGCUAAGGACCAGCCACAGUCAAACCAUCUAUGGAAAUCGUCAAUUCCAGGUAUGGGCUUACGGCUAUUUACAUUUUAGUCAUUUAGCAGACGCUCUUAUCCAGAGCGACUUACAGUUUAGUGAGUGCAUACAUUUUCAUACUGGCCCCCCGUGGGAAACGAACCCACAACCCUGGCGUUUAUACAUUCUUAAAUGUUUUCACAAGCUUAUGCAUUAUUUGUAUUUCAACAUUAUAAACCUCACAGUUUUUAAAAAUCAAAAGUAGAAACACCAUCAUUCGUCCUGCGUUGUUUUUCCUUUUACAAUUAGCAUAUUAAUCAUUCGUUUGAAGAAAUCAUCAUCCAUCUUGUCACCGUAAUGUGAAUUGUGGAUAGGCACGACAGACCCAGUCGUUAUUGGAAACUAUACUACGUUUCUAGGCUAAUUAAGCACGUGUUUAUGCUCUUCACACAGACACUGUAUCUGGAGGGGAUGGCAGCUCUAUUCGACGUGGGAGGAAGAAGCGCGUGCCAUACACCAAGAUACAGCUGAAAGAACUGGAGAGGGAGUAUGCCGCCAAUAAAUUUAUCACAAAGGACAAACGACGAAGGAUAUCUGAUCAGUCAAACCUGACAGAGCGACAAGUGACUAUCUGGUUUCAGAACAGGCGAGUAAAAGAGAAGAAGGUCGUCAACAAAUUUAAGAGUCCCAGUUAGCUGUAUGUGGAACUACUGAAACAAAAAGACCAACAAAUGAAGAGACUUGAUGGGUGUUCAAUGAAAAUGAACUAUAUUAUAAUUUAUUACACAAUAUAAGGCGUCUCCUCGGCCGCCAUGGGUUGUCUCUGUUUUGGAGGUCCACUUGGCAGUAUUUUUUUUUCUUUUUGGUCGUAAUUAAUUGAAACCAUUCGAUGUCCUGUGUUUGAAGGAAAUGGGGAAAUAACUUCCUCCUUGUUUAUAUAUUCCGUCUCAUACUCUUUUCGACGGACAUAUAGCUUUUAUCAGUUUUUACCAUCUGUUCCCAAUAUGCUACAUAACUCAUAGCCAAAAAAAUUAAAUCUCAACUCAGAAGAACAUAGCCUCCUGUAAUUGGAAACGUAAAAACUAAAAUCAGUGUGGGACAAUUCCAUUUUAGCUCCAUCAGAGUAAGAAUUAAUUAUUCAAAAAAUUGCGCAUAAUUUAUAUUGACGGUUUGAGAUUAUUUGUUGAAUUUGAAUAUAGAUUCCCUGAAUUGAUUGAUUUUGAAAUGUUGGCGAGAGCGCUAAUGCGCAACCCGCAAAUCCUGUAGGCCUGCGAAUAUUAUUUUA